UAAAUGGAGUUCAGAAAAUUUUAAAAGAUUUGGGUUAAUAAUCCAAAAAUGUGCUAAACAUGUUAGAUUUUAUCAUAUGAAUUCUAAUUACUUUCUAACAAGAGUUAAGCCUUUCAAAAAAUCAUUGGGUGAAUUCUAUGACACAAUGGAGAAAUUUCAUUUGCCCAUCAUCUCCAAUAAUGCAGUCACCAAUAGUUCUCCUUUAACAACAAAGGAAUUCACAUCAUCAUUGACAAUUUAUCGACCAAAAAAUCUUACAAUUUUGCCAUAUCGUGGAGCAAUAAUUUCAACAAUUAUGAGUGUGCACCAUGCAAUAACUAUAGCCUCAUGGAUAGAUAAAAUGGAUUUAACAAGUAAUAAUAAUGGUGAUUCAGAUCACAAGUAUGCUUUAAAUUAUUGGAGAUCAAUUGGACCUUCAUUUGGUAAAUUCGAUUUACUAAUGGAAAACAAUAUUAUCAAAUUUAAACAUAAAAGCUAUCAUCCAAACAUUAUGCCAAUUGAUAAUGGGUAUGCUAGAAUUGAAGAUUAUGAAGUGUUUCAAGUGGUUAGGAAAGCUACUGUCUUGUCUCCCUCAUCUUCAACUAUUAAUGCUAAUUCUACAUCUACUGAUAGUAAUAAUA